UAAAAUUGAGAUUUUGUCAACAGAAUCUGAGAAUGUUGCUACUAUAGACAGCAAGGACGAAAUCAGUGAAGAAAUAUUGAAAAUGAUUGAAGAACAUGGACUCACUGAAGAAUUAACUGAAGUGGAAAGUGAGGAACAUGAAGAUCCGAAAGACGAUGUGGCAUUUUUUAUUGAAUCCCGAAGAGGAAAAACGGUUUUGCAAUACAACGAUUUCAGAUAUAGAAGAGCUUAUAAGACGAAACACGGGACUCGUUGGAAUUGCUCUGUGUACAAGAACUGUCCAGGUUUUGUUUACAUCAACGAUAAUAAUGAGAUUAUUAUGACAAACCAGGAUCAUGUCCAUGAUGAUACUCCUACUUCUGCAGUAACAUAUGACAACACUCUAGAACAAAGUGACACAGCAGUUGUAAUUACAUCACGAAAAGGCAAAGAAAUGCUGCUCUUCCGCCAGUACACCUAUCGUAAACAAUAUGAAAAAGGUGAUAGGUGCCGUUGGGUGUGUUCCACCUUAAAGAACUGCCGUGGCUGCGUUUUCACCGACAGCAACAACUUUAUUACUUCGGCUUAUGUAGACCAUUGCCAUGACCCUCCCAAAUACUAUUUGAAGCCAAGUCAUGUUCUUGAAGCGUUAAGGGAACCUCUUAUAAUCGAAACUGAUUAAUUUUUCAGCAGUUAAACAGUCAUAUCUUAUUAAUUUUACUAAUAAUUAAGUAUUAUAAUCGUAGUUUUCAGCAUUGUUAUUAUAAUUCGGCUUUUUUAUAAUUAUGUAAAAUAGGUUAGGAAUACAUUUUAUUUUUAUUAUUGAUAUAAAGAUUGAACAAACACAAAGAAACAUUUUUUCGAUCUAACUGUACUCGAACCAUUGUGGCUGCCUUUCUUGCCUCUGAACUACGGAUCGACCCAGCGGAUCUUAAGAAUUUCUCUAUGUGCUUGCAGCGGAUCUUUGUAUUAGGUGUAACUUGUGAAAACUUAUGAAAGUUUCUUCACUCGGAAACCACGUCUAAUUUUAGUCAAAAACCGAUUUUUUUAUAAUAUCAAGUGAUGGGACGAACAAGUCGUGCCCCUGAUGGUAAGCUACACUCCUGUCCAUGACAGUUGCAGUGCCACUCAGCUCUUUAAAUCGCAAAGAUCUGAGGCGCACUGCCACAUAAGUCCCAUGUGCCUGUAAUUUCACCAGCACCCUUACCCUUCAAAACCAUAACACAGUAAUCCUGACGCUGACUGCUUGGCAGCAGAAAUAGAUAAAGUGGCAGUGCUUCCCUGGACGAACUCUUUCUAUACGUGUUACACAUUCUUUACGUGUUAAUUUACUGAUUUUGAUUUAGGGAAUCACUAAACUUAUUAACGUGCAAUCGUCUUGAUGCGAUCGUGUUUAAUCACACUUGUUGCAUUAAGCCGCCCUAGUUGUUGGCAUGCGUAGGGACGCUAUCGGCAGUUCGCAGGAAACAGAUUCAUUGCCUACCUGUGUCGAGCCGGGUUCGUACGAACCGAUGCGAAACGCAGAACGUCUUUUUCGCUCUUACAUUCAUGGGCAUGAAGCUUUUUCUGACCGGAUUAAUGCGAUUCUGCGUUAGUAAGUGUGGUGACUCCGAAACGUCACUUGAUAAAAGCUUAACUACAAAUUAAAACUCCGCGCUCCGUUCAAAAGUAAUCCGGUUUACCAAUUACCUUGAACUUAUUUCUGGUUUAGUUUAAGUUAAUUGGACAGUGAAGUAAUUUUAGAAAAUUAUGUGAGGUGGAAGAUUAACCGAAACUCCCUUUCGAAAUAUAGAGAUAGAAAUAUUUGUUUUCUAUUUUCAAACUAGCUUUCAAAUAUUGUAAUCGAUUUUCUUUCAUUAAAUCCCGAUAUAAAAUCGAAUAUCUAUCGAAUUCAUUUUUCAAUCGGGUUGCCGGUUUGAAAAUGUGACAUGUUUUAAUAAAUAGUCUAGAUGUUGUCAUUAUAAUCAUUACAAUACAUCAACUUUAGUAUAAAAAUAAGGGACUAGUUAAGAAUUUUAUUUGUAUGGUUUGGUUUCCUAAUAAGCAAACAAUAAAUUCUAGUGCGUAUAUAUUCAUUUACUGUAAUUUAACGCAUUAAUGAAUAAGACAGGUGGUUGAGUGGGAGAAUGGUUGCUUCUCAAUGAAAUAGUCGACAGAUCGAGUCUCUGCGGACUUUAAUUCUCAAUUACGCAUCAAUUUAAGUAUCAUUAAUAAUAGAAAUUUAAGUAUCAAUGCUUCUAAAACGGUUAAGCAAAACAUCGUGGUGAAACUUGCAUGUCGAGGAUGAUAUACAACUCUUAGUAAACGUGGGAAGUCCCCAACCCGCAUCGUGCUCGGCGGACUAUCGCCUAAACCAUAAUAUAAAUAAGACAAGUAGCCUAACUACCACCUUUUCGGCGCGUCAAUGCCUACAAAUCGCUCGGGAGGGUAGGGUUGUCAGAUUAAAACAUAACAUAAUGUGUUCAUCACAGUAUUCUCGUGCUAUGAAAUAAUCUUCGUUAAAUGCAAUAUUUAAAUAUUUAUGUUUUUUAUACCAGUAUCACAGAUUGGUAUCUCGAUUAUGGGAGUAUGUUUCUGUAAUAGAAAUGAAAUGCUGAACAAUUCUGAAUUUUGAGGCACUCUUGUUCAAACAACCAUAAAUAACGCAGACGUUGCAAUUUUGAAUAAAAUGAAUAGUGCUUGCAAUGGCCCGGGAUGUGCAAUACGAGUGCUCUACGAGAUUAUGCCGAAUGUGAGCGUCUGUACACGGCGCGCGGCGGCCUUGCACACACAUAGAAGACGCAUUGCUACGUUUUUAUGGAGUUACAUUACUUGUCUAGAAACCUCUCCUUAAAGAUGACGAAGAGUUGCCGACAAUUACGAUGUAAAUGAAUAUAGACGAUUCUGUAACGUUUGAACAAUUAUGUUAUGUACAAACGUAUAGGUUAACACAUGACAUUUUAGUUUAAAUAGCACAAAAUUAAGGUGUUUAAUUAUUUUCCCAAUAAAGUUGAAUUUUCGUAAAUUGUAUACCUGUCUUUAUUAU